UGAGGAAAACGCGCCGUAUCAAGAGAGACCAACAAGCUAAGCAGAAAAACAAAAACCCACCAAAACCCACCAUGCUCUCCGUCUCAGCAACAAGGCCAUUGACAUUCAAAAUCUCUCCUCCAUCUCCAGCCUUCUCUCUCAGAACCCACAUGGAGUCUCCACCAAGAACCCACUUUACCCCUACUUCACAUUCUCCUCAAACAAACCCUGAUAUAAAAGACACUAGUGAUGGGUUUACCAUAACUUUACAGGAAUGGCAAGGAUGGGGUGCAGUAUCUCCACUACCUGCUAAAGUUGUGGAGAUUGUUAAGGAUUUGAAGCUUUUGGAGAAAUCGACUGAGGUCCAGAUGAGCUUUAGUGGGCAUCGUGGCAAACUAGAGGGGGAUUUUGGAAUGCAAGAGAACAAGAAACAUAGAGCAACAUAUCAGGCUUUAGGUGAUUCUGAGAAGAAGCUCCAGUUCUUUUCAGCUCGACAGAUAGCUUGUCGUUUGCUUGGAAGUAGAGGUUACCUCUGCCAGAAGUGCUGGCUUCCUCUAGAAGAAGAUUGUAUGUGUUCAAAAGUCAAGCCCAGCUCUCUAUGGCGUGGCAUAAGGUUUUGGUUGUAUAUGCAUCCAAAGGAUUUUCUACGACAAAACAACACUGGAAAGUUGUUAUGGCAAGUACUUGGUGUUGAAUCAGCUACUUUAUGCCUCUAUGGGAUUGCUGAAGAUGAAGAAAUAAUGUGGAAUGCAUGUAAGAUUGCAGGAAAGGACAAGGUUUGGUGCCUUUAUCCCAACAAGAAUGUAGCAACAAAAUCAGUGCAGGAUGCUGUUUGUCAGGAAAUUUCAGCUGAUCCAGAAUGCAACACAACCAUGACAAAUGAAUAUAAACCUUUAAAUUUCAUUUUGAUUGAUGGUACAUGGAGCAACUCUGCUGCAAUGUUCAACCGCUUAAAGGAGAAGACAAAGUCAGUAUGGGGAGUGGAGGAUCUUCCCUGCAUAUCCCUCUCUGCAGGUGUAUCUACAAUGCACAAACUUCGGCCCCAGCCAUCAUGGGAUCGUACCUGUACAGCUGCAGCAGCCAUUGGCCUGCUGUCCGAGCUACAAGUACUUCCACAGUUCAGCUCCUGUGGAUUGGAUAAACAGAAUGAAGCGCUGGAGAAUGCUGUAGAUGUUUUAUUAGAAGCACUAACUGCUCGACGUCUUAGGAUGGGCCGUUCCAUAACCCGAAGACUGAGGCACAGCAGCAACAUCUGUUAAGGCCAACCUAAAAUUGAUAUUAUUUAUCUGCAGGGAAAAUGUUAAAACUACUGAGGUAUUCUGCAAUUACUUAUUUGAAAUCUUUUUCAUAUAGGGUGGUUAUAAACAGAUGAAUGAUUUUUCAAAUCUUUCCAGUUCUGUUGUCAGUGCUGCUAUUAUUGACUGCUUUUAUGUCUCUCAAAAUGGAAUUCAUUCGUCACAAAAUUCAACUUUGGUUUUGUCUUCAGUGCCCAUUCAUCCUCCAGCAGCGUGCUCGAGCAUUCUCUUCAAGCAACAAUCUCCUUAACAUUAAGUUGUUCUUUUUGUUAUAGGUUACUGCGUUUCUCUUUUGGCCAUGAUGCAGGCUUGUGAGGUGCAUUUUGUAAUUUCUAAGCUGCACCACGUGGUUUUUCUCUUCAACCUCUCAUUGACUUUGCAAUUCAGAGAAUGAUGGGAUACUGGAUAAAUCUGAGAACACUGGUACUAAUUGAAGUCAUUUAGUAGCGUGCUUUAUAAUCAGCUCCUAGUUCGGUAGUUCCUAUUAUGUCAAAUUGGAAGACUAUGGGAGAGGUGGAGGGCAUCAUUUGCAAUGUGCAGAAAUAGCUGCAACCAGAAAGCAUACAAUAAUGCAGUGGAUUUUCUUCCCUUGUGUACUUCUGAGAGUUGGUUCGCUUUGAUUUGACGUUUUACACUGUAAUGGAUAACAGCAUCUUCUAACCCAUAUAUUGCAGCAAUUUUGGCUCCCUGUAUUUGGCUUUUAUAAUUACGUGAAUUACAUAAGAAAUGUUUGUAACUGCUGCAAUCCAACAGUCUUGUGGUUCCUUUUAUUACAUCACGUUAAGGGAGAAAUGUUUUUCUUUUCA